AUGCAUAACGCUCUCAGAGUCAACGAUAUCGUCUACGUUAUACUGCAACACGUCAAGUCCUCUAAACCGAACUUGGUAAACAUGGCGAUGACCUGCUCCACGUUCUCAAAUCUCGCGCUGGACAUGCUAUGGUCUCAACAGGACAAUUUGACGCCCCUCAUCCAGUGUCUCCCGCGAGACACUUGGACAGUCUGGUACGGUAGCGCUAUUAUUUUUUCCCGCGAACCGCUACCCACGGAGUGGGAGCGUGUCAGGAUCAAUGCGGCAAGGAUACGCGAGUUUAUCUUUACGGGGUACACUUGUCGUUCCCCGAAACCAAUAUCUCGGCAUUUACUCAACUUCGGUUCAGAACUCUCGUUGCUUCGCCAGUUCCUCUCACCAGAAUUGGAAACCCUCACAUUUAACGUACUGCCCGGCACUCCGAUGCACGAGGUAGAGCAAUUGUUUGAUGCUCUUUUUACUGAAGCGCCUGGCCUCCGGCAACUAUCACUACACAGUGCCCACAACCUUUCGGCCUGUCCUUCCAAAGUACCUAAGCUGCCGAAGAAGCUGAAUGGACUGUCUAUUGGCCUGCUCGGCAUGGAUCUGAUGAAGCAGAUCAUUCCCAAUAUUCAGCAUCUGCGCAGUCUCCAAACCCUUACGCUGGCUUUGGGCAAGUCAGUUGAUGUGGUAUUCCAACCAUCAGGUGGUAUGCCACUUGAAUUGAGUACGCUCAAACAUCUCUAUCUCCCUGGCGCCCGCUUGGAAAAUUGCAUAUCCUUCCUUCAUAAAGUUACCAUGCCACGAUUGUCGGUCCUUGAAAUCUCGUAUUACACAACUGCUCAACCACCCGAAAUCACCGCGGUCAUCGAAUCCUUAUCUACGUCAUGCAAAACAUUUGCAUUCCUGGAAGAUAUCACUGUGGUCGACUAUUCAGAAAACCCCUCGGAGGAACUUGGGCCUGACGACCAACUCCAUUCCUCUAUUUUCCGGCCUUUGCUCCGGUUCAGGAGGCUGUCGAGUGUCAAAUUUAUUGACAUUGGAAAAUACUGCCUGGAUGACGCGUUCAUCGAGGACGUUGCAAUUGCUUGGCCGGAUCUUUGUACGUUGACAUUCGCCUCAAAAGUACCUGGCGAAUAUCAGGUCACCUUGACCUCUGUGCUUUCAUUAGCGACCAGGUGCAAGUCGCUUCAUGACCUGCACUUAACGUUCGAUGCCACACAUUUUCCGACACUUCCCCGUGCGCCGGAUGGAAAUCUGGAACUUUGGACCACGCAGACGGCUGUCCGCAAGCUACACGUUGGACACUCGAAGGUGUCGGAAGCAUCACGUUUCCACAUCUUCCUAGCAGUGCUGUUUCCAAAUCUAGCCGAUCUCAAGUAUUGUUUCCAUUUCGAUGGUCUUUCGGCGUGGAUACAAUUAGAAAAAGCAUGGAGCGAACUGCUGAUCGAGCGGGAAUACUCUGCAGACGAGGCAGCUUCUUGGCCAAACUUUCUACUGCAGCUACGGCCUUAGUCGGAGGAGGAGGAGGACCAAGUGGAAGAUGAUCGAUGAGGAAUGGGAGAAGGAGGACAAGAAUGACUUAUUGUGAGGAUAAAUAGGAGGUCUCAGGCUGUACAUGAAAUAGUACGAUAUGUUAGCUAUUAUGUACCUUUGCUCUAUAUGCUUGUGUAUGUGCGUGAUGUGCGGCCAAUCAAAUUUGAGAGGCAGCAGAAGAUGACAGUCAUUUGCGAUCACUGUCAGCAAUGUAUAUAUAUAUAUCAAUGAAAAGAGAC